AUGGCGAACUCUGGGUGCCAAGUUUCGCAUGUCCAAGAGUUCUAUUGUCAGUAUACAGAUCAAAUUCACAAGAAGCAAAAGGCCUGGCAUGACGGGAGAAUGAAGUUUUAUCAGCUUAAUCAUAAAUUCCAGCUUUAUUCAAUGGAGGGUGGAAUGCUGCUGGACAGCGCGUUCAUAACCAAUAGUCGUCGGGUGGACCACAUUCUAGAUGAAAGCGGGUUCAACAAAGAGGAACAUAAGAUCUUUGGCCAGUUUUUGGUGAUGAUCGAUUGCUUGCAGUGCGAGUACGAUAGAGACAUCAGUGGGAAAGUCAGCGAUGCCUCAACAGCAUACAAUGUCAAGAAAUAUACUACGGAGAAUUCAGGAAGUAUUGUGGAAUCGAAGGUCAAUUGCAAGCUGCGACCCCAAAAGUCAGGACCAGCUCAACAUCAUGACAGUUUGGCAUUGAAGUUUAACAAGCCAUUUCGACGACCGCAGAUAAAACAGCGGAACGUCAGUGUACACACGAAACAGCAAGCAGCAGAGGCCCUCAAUGCACCAGCUGUGAAAAAGAUAAUUCGAGCAAGACCAACAGCAGCGGAAAACGUACGCCAAAAAUUGCCAACGAGUAAUGGAAGGGUGUCACUAGCGCUGGACAUGUCGGCAUCCCGAGGUUUCAAGAAAGAGACCAAACCAAAUAGCAUAAGAAGCGUUUUGAAGAAAGAAACUGAAAAAUGCACUAAUGAUAGUCAAGACGAACUCAAUUGCUCGAAACUUGGCACUAGCUUUCUUGCAACGCCGCAAAAACAACUACAACAACCGAGUGUACACCCUGUCGCCAGUCUACAAGAUCCGGAUUUCCGCGUGCAACGUAGAGAUGUUACUGUUAAACACGAACGGAUUGUACUAGGGCAAUUGCACCAGGAGAAGAAGCAUUAUAAGAAUUAA